AUGCCAGCCCCUCAGAAUUUGCCUAAUUCUUGGAAUUCGAUUCCACCUAGAACCCCGUCUCGGUCAGAUGUCGAUAGCAACUCUAUUAUAGCAGAGGAAACUGCCUCAGACCCGUCUACUUCGGGACUAUCGACUCCACAAAGACCGGAUUUCGGGACAAGCGAUAAUCCCGCAAACACUUCAGGAGCUAGCAUUAACCUUACUAAUGCUACUAUUUUCACAGAAGACUACGAUCUUAUUAUUAUCGUUCGAAGCCCAACAGACCAGCGGACCUUCAUAUAUCUGGUCUCAAAAGAUAUUCUGUCAGUCUCGUCGUCUGUUCUGAGGCCAAUAAUUAGAGUGCUCCCUACGCCUAAUGGCGUCUUGGGAGCCAUUGCAACAGCUAGGGGGCUAAAAAAACUCUACAUUGACGGCGAUCCAGAGGCAUUGCGAGUAAUAUUUCGUAUCUUGCACUUUGAUGCCGACGAAAGCUGCCGGGACAUUGAAUUCAACACACUUUGCCAAAUUGCUAUUCUUGCCGAUAAAUACCAAUGGCAGAUGGCAUUGCAGACUUGGAGCGAAAUAUGGUUGCUGUUAUGGGAGAAGUUUGCUCUAGACCCAGGCUACGAAAAUUGGUUAUAUAUAUCAAAAGUAUUUAAUAGCCUGAAUGAAGUGGAGAAACUUGUGGAGUUGCUGGGAAAGGAAUGUUCUGCUUUAGGUGUGGAAGGGUUCCAACCGUACAGGAUUAAUGGUGGUCAAAGUCAGUACCUAAAUACAGAACUUUGGUCAGUAGAUCUAAUAACGCCGCGUAAGGAUCAGACGACUAUGUUCAAGCUUGUGCCUACUUUCUCGGCGUUCGGGAGCCUUACGAGAUCUAUCGCUAAGGCACGACUUACCGCAACCUCCCGAUUGAUCACAGACUGGAAUAAAUCAGCGGUAGAACUAGAGAGCAAACUUAAAAGUCUACAGUUCGUUACUCUCGAGGCUGUUGUGCCUGAACAUAAAUGCGCUCUACAGGGCUUCAAAUCAGGAUUUGCACGUUACAUUGCCGAUCCUGAGUCAACUUUAGGAGGUCGCAUGAGGAGGAUAUUCGGCGACAUCGUCGUCUAUGAAAACGAUAGAGUACACAUUUCCGAUGGCUUGUAG